AGAUCCAACUAACACAAAAUGCCGGAGUUAGUGGAGCAGAUGUACUGCUCCCAGCAGAUUGUGAUCCCUCCGAAAUUCCCUUACAUCUUGAAGAGAUUUUGUAAAGCGGCAAUCAAGACCCAGCCAUACGAUCUUCUCCGCUGGUCCUUCGAGUAUUUCAAGGCGCUGGCCGAAAACCGUCCACCACCUGUCAAGCUGAGGCUCGAAUAUCCCAUCUACAGCACCGAGGGUGGCCUCACUCGUGGAUGUCUCAAGGUCAUCGCUCAUCAGUUGCUAAACAUCGGCAGGAACCUCCCGCUGUACCUCAUCAGGAAGGCCUGGCGUGGCUUCUGCCUGGACCCCAACGAGUUGAGGAGGAUCUUCUGUCUCUGUGAGGUCUACAUGAGGCAGGAUUACGUUCCGUUGUUGCAUUUUAUUGCCGUGGCUGGCGGGAUGCUGACUAAGAAUCUGACGUACACCAUGAUCCUCCUCUGCGAGGUCCUCACCAAGGAACCGGAUGGCAGUUCAGCUGCCAUACCCGCUGAUGACUUCCUCGACAUGUACCUGUUCUUGGCCAGGAUGGACGCUUCCAGCGAUGUCAGAUACGUCAACGGGUAUAGGGAAGGAGAGACUCCUAGACAAGAAGAGGAAGAGAUAGAAGAAGAAGAAACACUAAGUGAAGUCACUGUUGAUGCAAAGAUGAAGCAGCUAAGUUCAUCCAAAGUGCAAGAGAAAGCUGAAGAUGGAAUGGUGGCUGGUCGUCAGAUGUCCAUCACCAGCGGAGAGUUCAUAGUGCAACACAUCGAGAAAGAGAUUAUGGAUUACAUUGAUGAGCAGAUUGCCAUUUUGCCUGACCCUGAUUUGAAGAAGAAGAAGGCUAAACCAGAGGAAGUGGUGAUGGUCAGAAACCUCCUCUACAACUUCCUGGAUGAGAACAUGGACAUCAUCGUGCCGGAGAUCGAGGAAGUUGAGGAAGAGGAACUGCCUAUUCCAGAGAUCGUGGUGGUAUACGCGGUGCCCGGCAUCGGUCUGCCGGUGCCCGAGGAAAUGAUAUGCGACCUCGAAGAGUACAUAGCUGAUGUGAGCAAGAAUCAAGCCGACAUGGUCAUGCCGAGGAACUUCAGGCAUUUCCUUAGUCCACCUUUGGAGAGAUUCGAGGAAUACCAAUGCGAGGAGCCUAAGAAGGAAGAACUGGCCUGUUCUGGUGUAUUUACCAAUUAAAAGAUCUAUUUAUUAAUUUGUA